AUGAAGAGAAGAAAGGAUCCGUACAAGAUACUAGGAGUGGAACGAACAUCCACAGACAUGGAGGUAAAAAGAGCAUACAGAAGACUGCAACGAGCCCAUCAUCCGGACAGUAAGACAGGAAACAGAGAGAGAUAUGAAGAAAUAUGUCGGGCGUAUGAAGAGAUACAAAAAAGGCCAACUGUGGAGAUUAUACCUGUUGAUGAUGUAAUGAAGGUGUACAAAGGCUCGAAAGAGGAGGUCGAUGACAUCAUUGCAUUAUACAACAGAUACAAAGGAAAGAUGGCAAAGAUUGUAGAUAAUCUUCUUCUAUCUGAUGACAGGGAUGAGAGCAGGCUUAGAGAGAUUAUUGAUGGGCUUAUUGAGUGUGGAGCUCUCAAGAAAUAUAACAAGUAUUGUAAGAAGGUUUGUGAAGAUGCGAUGAGAAAAAAGAGAAAGGCAAGGGAAGAAAAGAUGGCUAGAAAGAUUGCAGAUGAGAUGGGGAUAGAUAUUGAUGCUCCAUUAGAAGAAUUGCUUGGGAGGCGGAGGGAAGGGGAAGUAAGCUUUCUCUCCAGACUUGAAGAAAAGUAUCUGAAGGGGCCUAAAGAGGAAGGAAGGUAG